AUGACGGUUGCAAUUUUGCUUCAUGCCCAACAGAAAGGAAAGGGGAAGAAUCUUGCAGCACCAUCUCGUUGCGAGGAGUGUGAUACGCAUGCAUGGCCGAGGGUACAUGUUGAAUGGCGUUGUUGA